AUGGCGCAGGAUCCACCCACCGCCUCGACGUCAUCUGCUGCAGCCAAAGCUCCGCAACCGUGCGAGGCGCUCGAGAACGGCCGCCGGAAAUGGCGUGUGACGGUGCUCAUCUCUGGAUCUGGUCAGUGAUACAAUAGUAGAAUUAUUAAGGACUUGACGUCUGACAUUCGCUUUCAAACUCUACAUGUCGACUUGCGCUGGCUCGGAACGUUCGCACUUCGCACCUCAACCCCACCGUAUCUUACCUUGACGAUCUGUAUCAACGGAGCGGCGUAUAGGCUCAAACUUGGCAGCCCUGAUCGCCGCAUUACCGACAACACUCUCGCAAUGUUGCAUCACCUCGGUCUUGAGCAACGCCAAGGAUGCCUACGGUCUUCAGCGCGCCGCUUCCCAUUCGCCGCCGAUUCCGGCCUCGUCCUUUUCCCCCUACAACCACCAGAAAGCCCACCCUGAGUUGUACGCGUCCAUCGAAGCUCAACUCAAGUCGCUGCAGCAGCAAUCGCUGGCCGCAGAAGAAGGAUCGAGCGAACGCGCCAAGCUUGAUCGCGAAUGGAAGGAGCUCAAAAAGACCCUCGCCUCGAUGAUCAAACCACGUUACCAAAUCGAGUUGGCCGAAAGGGUACGAGCGACUCGGCCGGAUUUGAUCGUACUAGCUGGGUUUAUGUUGAUUCUGCUACCCGAGACGCUCGAGACGUUGAAGCGCGAUUGGGACGAGGACGACGUCGAGUGGGACGGAGCAGGUUCGACCGUGACCUUGGGCACAUCGGCUUAUCCUGAUCUGACUGGUUUGAGAGGACGUCCUAUUCCCAUCAUCAACCUACACCCUGCCCUACCGGGAAGCUUCAUCGGACCCCACGUGAUCGAGGAUGCGUGGGAAGCUUUCAACCAGCGCCGAUUGCCCGCCAAGGAAGGGGACACGCCUGGACCCGUAUGGGAUCAAGAGAAGGAGAACAAGCCCUCCCCCUUUGGUGAAAAGAUCACCAAGACGGGUAUCAUGAUCCAUCGGGUGAUCCCCGAGUUGGAUCGGGGCGAACCGGUGCUGUGGAAGGAGGUCGAGAUGAAGGUCGGGGAGGCGUUGGAUGAGCUCAAGGAACGGAUACACAAGGUUGAGCAUGGCGCGAUCGUCGAGGCGGUCAAGCAGGUUACGGAGCAACUUGGGGGUGGGACAUGGUGGGAGCGUGAGGGUCAUCGAGAUCAGGGAACCGAGGUGGCAGCAGACUCGACGAAAUCUGCUGCAAAGCCUGACUCUGAAAAGCUGACAGCAACAGAUGCUGCUUCUGCGGGGACAUAG